AGGAUGCCCGGCUUCUAGUGAGAGAUGAGUCACUGCUCAGAACCCUGUAGUGGCUGAGAAGUGGCAGCAGAGAGGCAGACGCAAGCCAAAGGCGGAGAGGCAGGCAGGUCCCACCCCGGGCACAUCAAGGGUCCCCACGGAGCAUGGCUGGCAGCCUGGAGGUGGUGGCCAUGGACUGCGAGAUGGUGGGUCUGGGGCCACUCCGGGAGAGCGGCCUGGCCCGCUGCAGCCUCGUGAGCCUCUCCGGUUCUGUGCUGUACGACAAGUUCAUCCGGCCCGAGGGGGUGAUCACCGAUUACAGAACCCGGGUCAGCGGGGUCACACGUCUGCACAUGGAGGCGGCCACACCCUUCGCAGAGGCCCGACGAGAGAUCCUGCAGCUCCUGAAAGGCAGGCUGGUGGUGGGUCACGACCUGAAGCAUGACUUCAAGGCACUGAAGGAAGACAUGAAUGGGUACACUAUCUAUGACACGUCCACCGACUGGGUGCUAUGGCGUGAGGCCAACCUGGAGCACUGUAAUCGUGUGUCCCUGCGGGUGCUGUGUGAGCGGCUCCUGCACAAGCGCAUUCAGAACAACCUGUUGGGACACAGCUCUGUGGAAGAUGCGAAGGCGACCAUGGAGCUUUACCGGCUCUCUCAGCGGAUCCGAGCCCACCAGGGGCUGCCUUGCCUGGCAGGGUCAGACUGAGCCCGUCCAGCCCACUCUGCUCCGGGACCACAGGCUCCCUCUGCAAUGGCAGCAGCUUUCUUAAGAGUCUUUGGAAGAUGCAUUUUUACUAGUAAAAGUGGUUCUCUAUUUUGUCUACUCCAA